UAGUAAUAUCUUGCUGUAAUCUUAUCACGUAUACAUACCCUUGUCAUGAUUUUCAACAAAAGGGGCAUCUCAUGGCGCGUCAAUCGAACAAACGGUAGAGUCCGCAACAGUAAAGUUGCGUUUAACUGCAACCAACCAGCCAUUAUUGAUUUCAAAAAACAAAUACUAAUACUAAAAUUCAUUUUAACAAAAUAUAAGACAAGAUACUGUUAAAUAACAAAAAAACUUCAUAUUUUCGAAAUGAAGAAGUGACGCUUAACAAUAAUAAAAAUCGUUAAAAGGCACAAAAACUGAAAAAUUAUUUUAGAAAAACAUGGCGUUAAUCAGAACCAAUCAGACGAUCUCUAGCGGUAAGUUUCAGUUUAACCUCCUCUAGGCUUGAAAAAAGCUUCUGUGUCAAUUUUUGGGGCAAUCAGUAUGAUCAUUAGAAAUUAUUGACAAAAAAAUGGAGAUUAACAAAAUAUUCAUACGUGGAACGUAGAUUUAGUGCAAUGUCGGACGAUUCAGAUUACGAUGCGGAACAAGAAGAAAUCGAUGUCUACAAAAGAAAAUAUCAAUUGCUCGCCGAAAGAUGCGAAGUUUUACAACAAGACAAUGAAAGGCUAGUUCACCGAAUUCAACAAGCUAGGAAAUUACUUAAGCGUACAAAAAAAGAGAAAAAAUAUUUAAUUAAUCGUCUCGAUCAACAUGGAGAUAACUGGAGAGAAGCUCCAAUGGGAGUUUUGGAGGAGAACAGUAUCUUUCAAAGUACUCCAAAGCAAGAAAAAGGCUCUAAAUCAGUUGUAAAUAAUAUUAAAGAAGAGAAGCCAAAAAAAGGGACCAAAAGAAAAGCAGGAAAAGCUGAUCCUAAUGCUCCAAAACGACCUGCGAAUCCAUUUUUCCAGUUCUGUCAGGAACAGAGGCCACGGGUAAUGGAGAGAUUAGCUGGAGAUCCUGAACCGAGUAAACAAGAACUCACUAGACAAUUAGCGACCACAUGGAAGUCUCUCAGUUCUGAAGAUAAAAAGGUGUACUAUGAUAUGUAUGAGCGGUCAAAAGAAAAGUAUGUGGCUGAAAUGCAAAUCUACAAUAAAAAAGCAGAAGAUGCACCGCCACAAAUGUCAAUGAAUGUAUCUUAAUGCGUAAUAUAAGCCUGUAAAUAAUAAACUUAAUUUUCUUAAAAA